AAUCAUAUCAAUGUUUUUUACUUAUGAAUUUAUCCUUAUGGCUUAUUUUGCAGAGUGUGUAUUAGAGGCUAUGUCUGAAGUAAAUUCGGAACAAGCAAAAGAUUCACUCCAACUACAGCAUUGUCACCAUAAUCGACAACAAGAAAUAAUUCGACGGAAAGAAAAGAAUGCCCAGCAAGAAGAUUUAAAGAAAUCAGAUCCUUCUCAUUCAGCUACUUCAGGAUUACCUCAGAGUACACCAAAUAGUCCAAAAGCUGAUUUUGAACCCCGUAUUGUCACUAUUUAUCGUACUAUUGAAGAAAAUGAUUCUUUAAUUCAGUAUCUCGUAAGUCGAAACCAGUCUCAUGCAGCUAAAAACUUAGAUACUUUAUCUGAUUGUAUAAAUUCUCGCAUUCAUGCUCCAGCACAACCUGUUAUGACCAAAAUGCCAAAAGAUGACAAGCAAGUUAUUGAAGAACUGCAAAUUCAAAAUGAGGAUCUCCGCAAGCAUAUUUUAUUACUAUUAAAAGAAGUGGAAAAUUACCAAUCCUUACAAAAAAGUCUGGAAAGUUACCAAGAAGAAAAUGAACUGUUACGUCUUAAAAUUGAAAACCUGGAGAAAAAGCUUGAUAUUAAAUCCAAGAAAACAACUGCCAAUGAGUAUCAAACUUAUGUUGAUGAAGUACUUACUCCACUGGAAACUCCACAGUUUAAUUAUAAAGAUAUGACAUUAAGAACUUUAUGUAACUCCCAGCCUUUAUAGCUCUAUUUUAGCAAUAGGCAUGUUCAGUUCUACUUUUGAAUGAUGACUUUUUAAAAAAUUUAUUUCUGAUUUAAUCUAAAUGUUAUCAUUACUGAUUGUCAAAAUUUCAUUAAAAUAUUUUUGAUCAGAUGUUGAAACAGAUGGGCAUCAACCUCAAAUUUGUGCAGAUGCCAUUUAUUAACACAUAAAAUGAUG